AUGAUGCGGGGAUCAUCACAACAGUUCAUGGGGAUCCCCGGACCCCAGAAGAUCCUCAAGACCUUCGGCUCACUCUGGCUUUCACAAACCGCAAACGAGAAUGCAACCCCUGGAACUUCAUCAUCAUGCCCUGGCUCGGAAGUAAGUUGUCAGGCCAAUUACCACGGUCAAGACACCUGCUGUUUCAACUACCCCGGCGGUCAAAUGCUGCAGACCCAAUUCUGGGAUGUCGACCCUGCACUCGGCCCUGAAGACGCAUGGACUAUCCAUGGACUAUGGCCCGAUCACUGCAGCGGCGGCUUUGACCAAUUCUGCGACUCCAAACGCAAGCACAGCAACAUUUCUCUGAUCCUAGUUGACGCCGGCCGGGGAGACUUGCUCGAAUACAUGAGCGAGUAUUGGAAGGAUUUCCGUGGCGACGAUAGCAAUCUGUGGCAGCAUGAGUGGAACAAGCAUGGCACUUGCGUCAGCACCCUGGAACCAGAUUGCUACGAGGAUUAUCUGCCGCAACAGGAUGUUGUGGACUACUUUGACAAAACUGUUGAGGUUUACAAGGAGUUGCCUUCCCAUGAGUUCCUGGCCAAUGCUGGCAUCAUCCCAUCUCAGACGCGGACCUAUGCCCUUGCCGAUAUUGAAGCUGCACUGGAACAAGCCCAUGGAAACCCCGUCACUAUCCGUUGCCGAAACGGUGCCCUCAAUGAGAUUUGGUACUAUUUCAACAUCGCAGGAAGUCUUCAAUCCGGAGAAUUCAUCUCUGCAGGCCCAGGUCGGUCAAACUUCAAAGUUACUAUACUCACCCUGGUAGAUCGCAAGCUUACAAAGUGA